AUGAAUUUCGUAGGUGGAUUGCCUCGUACUUCAUGUGGUUUUGAUAGCAUUUGGGUCAUCGUGGAUCGAUUAACCAAGUCUGCAUAUGUUAUCCCUGUUCAAGUUUUCUACAGUUCCGAGAAGUUAGCUCGUGUUUAUAUUCAGGAGGCUAGGCCUCGUGGCACAGAUUUGAUUUGUGAUUUGUUGAACCGGGUUCGAGUGAUUCAGUACAAGCUACGAGCAACUCAGAGCAGACAGAGGAGUUAUGCUGAUCGCAGACGUCGUCCAUUGAGUUUCAGAGUUGGUGAUAGGGUCUUUCUACGAGUAUCGCCAAUGAAGGGCGUGAUGAGGUUCGAAAGGAAGGGCAAGCUUAGCCCUAGAUAUAUUGGACCUUUUGAGAUCCUACAAAGAGUUGGAGAAGUAGCUUAUGUGUUGGCAUUGCGACCUGCCUUCUCAGGCAUUCACCCGGUGUUUCAUCCAGCGUCUAUUUUGGCGAGGGAUGUAAGGCGAUUGCGCUCCAGUGACAUUCUGGUAGCUAAGGUUCAGUGGUGUCACCGUCCAGUUGAGGAGGAUACUUGGGAGAUCAAGUGUGAUAUGGGCACACAGUAUCCCUACCUGUUUGAGCCUUCAGAGGGAGUUGGACGGCGUCAGAGUAAGGAUGCUGCGGGAGAUUCGCAAGAUGAGGAGGGCGCUGCUGCUGCCGGUUGA